GUUCAAAAAAAAAAAACCUUAGAAGAAAGCCCAGCGUUAUAAAGAGCAAGAUCAUCGUCGUAGUAGUGUCGAGUUCGGACGGACGAGACUACUGACUUCCACGCAGAGCGCAGCUGACUAAAUUGCCUGCGUUCGAUCCCGUCCACCUGUCGCCGCCGCUCUCGAUUCCUUCUCCGUCCAAGAACCGCCCCAAGUUCGCAGCGACGCUGAGGAUGUCUCAGUCCACUCACAACCCAGUUGUUCAGCAGCAGAGAGUCGUGAUACCGAACAAGCAUGGGGAGAAACUGGUGGGGCUGUUGCAUGAGACUGGAUCUUCGGAGAUGGUGAUCCUCUGUCACGCCUUCCGGUGUUCCAAGGAAAAUAACACGAUGGUGAAUCUUGCUGCUGCUUUGGAGAAGGAGGGUAUUAGUGCUUUCCGCUUUGACUCUGCCGGAAAUGGAGAGAGUGAAGGUACAGACGGUAACUACUGGAGAGAAGCUGAUGAUCUUCGUGCUGUUAUUGAGCACUUCAAUGGAGCUAGUCGGGUGACCAGUGCAAUUGUGGGGCAUAGCAAAGGAGGCCGUGUAGUUCUUCUUUAUGCUUCUAAGUAUCAUGAUAUACAUACUGUUGUCAAUGUCUGUGGCCGUUAUGAUUUGAAGGGGGGAAUUGAAGAUUUCUCUGGCAAAGAUUCCAUGCAAAGAAUUAAGGAGGAUGGAUUCAUUGAUAUCAAGACUAAAUCAGGAUUUAUUAUUCAUGAUGUGAAAUACGAAUAUCUGAUGGAUUGCUUAAAUACCAAUAUGCACGAAGCAUGUCUUCAGAUUGACAAAAAUUGCAGGGUCUUGACAGUUCAUGGAUCUGCUGAUGAAGUUAUCCCAGUAUCAGAUGCACUAGAGUUCGCAAAAAUCAUAUCCAACCACAAGCUGCAGAUUAUAGAAGGAGCAGAUCAUCGAUAUAUCUCGCAUCAGGCAGAGUUGGCCUCUAUCGUAUCGAGUUUCAUAAAGAAAGCGUUGGAGGAGGACAGAGAGAAAUCCAGCCAGUAGCAAGGUGUGUAGGUACCAGGCAAAAUGGUUUGGGAUGCAACCGAAGAUGGCAAAAAUAUGAGCGCACUAUUGGAAGUUAAGAUUCCUUACUUUGUCCUGUUGAGAAUCGUGGUGCGAGCAUUAAUUGUACUAUGAAUUGUCCAUUCUUAUAAGGAUGAUUUGUCUCAAUUUAAACUGAUAACUUGAAACUAUUAAGGAUUGUCUUAGCUUAGCUAUGCAAGCCUUUUCUUUUUCCACGUUUCAUAGUCUAAUCCACAGUGUAGUCUUAGCUUUUGCAAAAGCAGUUAUGUUAUGGUGACAAUGUUGUAUCAAAGGUAGUCUGCGGAAGGCCCAUAUCAGUUAGUAAGUACUCUCAUUAUGUUAAAAUUGAGUAGAUUUGCGGUUGCAGCCAAA